CUUCCACCACCUCACUUGAUGGAAGAAAUGUUCAAAAUGGAACAAAUUUUGCAGUGGUGGGAUCAAGAGUAAUGGAUGCACAAUUCUAUGAGAAGAGAGGAAUUUAUGAUAUAGUAACAAAUGUUUCUAUGUGGGAUCAAUUGAAUUGGUUUAAACAAAUGCUUCCACAUUUAUGUCAUAAUUCUUCAGGGGUUUCCCACCGAGUUAAGGCAUCGAGUGAGCUAGUGGAGCUUGGGGCAAAGACAAUAAUAGUGCCAAGUGUGUUACCACUUGGAUGUACUUCAUCCUAUUUGACAAAUUUUGAGAGCUUGAAUGAAGAGGAUUAUGAUGAAUUAGGUUGUCUCAUAUGGCCAAAUGAAUUUGCUUCCUAUCAUAAUGAACUUCUUCAAAAGGAAUUACAUCGACUUAGAGAGCUUCAUCCUCAUGUCAAUAUUAUCUAUGCUGAUUAUUACAAUGCUUCUAUGAAACUUUAUCGAGCUCCUCGAAAAUAUGGAUUUUUGAAGGGUGUACUAAUAGCAUGUUGUGGAGGUGGAGGUCCUUAUAAUUUCAAUAUUUCUGCUCAAUGUGGCACUUCUCAAGCAACAAGUUGUGAGGAUCCUAACCAAUAUGUGAAUUGGGAUGGAUAUCACUUUACAGAGGCUGCUUAUAGAUGGAUGACAAAAAGUUUAUUGGAAGGCCCAUUCACUUAUCCUCCUAUGAAGAAUUUGUGUCUUUUUGAUGUUAUUGAGGCCCAAAUUUCCCAAAUUUAAAAGGCCCCAAAAUAGAUCCCUUUAAAACAUAAAUAAAAAAGAGAAAAUUAGGCGGAUAAACAAACAUAUGCUAGUUAAUUAAUAGUUAACAUAGCUAUAGUUUGAAUUAAUUAUUAUUCGCCACUUAUUUAUAGGCAUAAUUA